UAGAUAGGCUGUGAUAAGUCCAUAGAUAUGUCGGAUUUCCCGGCUGAAUGGGAUUCUUGAUAACACAAUUUCAGGCCCAUGAAAAGCGGAAUUCUCGGCUCAAGUGGGCGCUGCGAGGGCAACACAAAAGGUUGAGCACUGCGGUGAGCUGGCUUUAACUGCUGCUGCCCGGGAAAAAGUAAACCAAGACAAAGGCAUUGACUUUUUAACCUGCAUUUCAGUAAAUUACACUCGCAGAAAACCUACAUAAAUAGUCAUAAAACUAAUUGCGCCUGUCUGCCAUUUUCCACGCAGUUUCACAGUUGCUCAGUUUCGCAGCCGCCGGCCAUGAAAACUUGAAGCCGACAAAUGUCCGGCAAUAAAAGGCACCAUAAAGCUACUAUGCGAGUAUUGACCGUAUGCAAAGGGGGCCUGGUCGGUCCUGGUCAAGUGGGUAAUUCCAUCUGGGGAUUGAUGACUGAGCCGCCAGCCACUCGAACUUAACUAGAGUCGCACGGAGAAUCACAGAUAAUGGCAUGCAUUGUGCCCCGUUGGCCCAGUUGGCCCAGUUCCAGUCCCAGUCCGAUUUCGAUCAGCCACUGCCACUGGGUCAGCCAUUAUCAGAUAUUAACGCCGCCAAUUUGGCAUCGGAUGAAUUACGCGACAAGCGUCGAUGGCGUCACUUACACAUGUCGAACAACCGCCAUCAAUAAAUGCUAACGGUGCCUCACGGCAUCAACUCCAGAUCGCCACUCCAUUUGCAGUCGACUGGAGUGGAGAUGGAGUCUGCCAUCUUCUGUCUUAGAUCGCUAGAUCGCUAGAUGGCCGGAAGUCUUUGUUUGGGCAUUCACUGGCCGCCCGGCUCAAGUUUUGCUUUAUGAUUAUUGUGUGAUCGCGUUUUAACCGCAUCGGAGCAGAGCUCAUGUGAAUCAUGCGCAAGUGCCGCUUUUCCCACUCGAAGACCGGUUUCCCCCACUUACCCACUCAUUGGGCUCUAAUCACACCCGCUGUCUAACUGCAAAUCUGGCCGGGAUCGCGUGCUGCGGCCCCGACUUUGUUGCGGCUGGAAAUCAUCUUCCAUUUCUGUGCUAGCCGGAAGCCAGGUUAUGGCGGCAAUUGUUCUUGUUUAUAAUUCAAUUAUGUGGCAGCCUCUUUCCUUCGCUCAGAGCCUCGAAUGCUUGUUGACUCUCGAGGUGGAAUGUUGACUUCUGUAUGCACAGGAACCAUUGUAAUGAUACGUAUAUGGCAUUUCAACAUGAAUAUAUUUAGACGACUUAAUUAUUGUAUAAAGAAUUCUCAAUAAAGUUAUAAGUUGUUUAUUUUUUGUAACUGACAUAAAAACCACCAUAAGCUUUGCUAUAAAGACUAGCACUAAAAACUGAACCAAAAGACCAUAUUGCUUCUAAUUGAGUUGUCAAUAUCGAACUGGUAUUUUUUGCCCGUUCUUGUGAUCUUUGAUCUCAAAGUCUUUGGUAAUCUGAUAAAUAUUGGCUCCGCUCUUGAUUGACAGCCUUUCCCUGGCAUUGAUCUCAUAAAUGCGAGCCAAGACUCCAUUAAGGCGGUCUGCAGCACUAAGCUAAAAGCAGCUUAAUGCACUCCGGGAUGCCCAGAUACUCAGAUACUCACAGAUAGAGAUAUAGGUAGAGAUUGAGAUGGUGGUAGAGGAAGAGGUAAAGGAAGAGGUAGAGGUAGACAAACACAGACAGGAUACAUAUAGUACGUGGAUGAUGGUGGUAAGCUGCAAUUGCUGUUAAGGCAUUUGGCUACCACUCAAGCAGCUGCGGCAGUCAGCAGUGCUGAUGAUGAUGAAGAUGAAGAUGAAGUUAUUAUUAUCUGACAAGGGCAUCGCCGCCAUGGAAACUGCAGUGGCCGCGCACUUAGCAGCGCUGUUUUCCACGUUUUCCUACGUGUCUGCUGUCUUUAUUAGAGGCGUGACUAAUCGGCCCGAUGCCUGAUGUCUUAGCCCGAUGCCGAUGUCGAUGCCGAUGCCAUCACCAUCAUCAUCAUCAUCUCAGCUCUUAGCCAUUAGCAGUGGUAAGCGCGGUACGCUUCGCUAUUUGCCUUGCAUCCAAUCACUAUUAAGGGUUAAGCCUGCCAAUUGCCAGUGUCUACACAAAUUUGAUUAAGUUUCCCCUUUGGGAAACGGAAGGCGGCUUCCGUGUGCGGUUUGGGGAAAGUGUUAAAUUUAUGCCACGGCAAUUUUCAUCUUGUUCGAAAGUAAAUUAUAGGCAAUCGAUCAAGAUGGUGCGCUUUUGUGCAGUGCUCAAUUUGCGGUCGAGAAAGUUGAGUUUUCCUCAGGCUGUAUUUGUAUCUGCAUCUGUAUUACUGGGUAGUGUAUUUUUUAAAAAGUGCGCGAUUUUCGGGUUUUACCUAUCUGAGUCGAAUGAAUGCAAUGGUAUAUUAAACCAAAACUCUUAAAUACUAAUGAAAAAUCACAUAUUGUAGAGAGAACUUAAGCCACCACUAACAAUGUGAAAAUAAAUACCAUUGAAAGCUUCGAAAAAACCACCCACAACCAAUAAAGUUCAAAAAGGCUAUAAAAAAAACUUACCAAAUAAAUUGCUUAGGAAAAGUGUAAAACAAAAAACCCCACAAGCAAGUAAUUAAAAUUCCACAAGAAGCUCAAUUUACUGCAGAACUUUAUAAGUCGAAAAACAAAAGGGGCCAAAAAAGCAGCUACAAGAACAUAAUGUCACUGCCAACAAGAGAAGACAACGAGAACUGAAAAUAAUUACAGGCCGAGAACAAUAAUAAUAAGCAACAUGAGCAGCCUGUCAGCAGGAGGAGGAGGAUCGGGAGGAUCUGGGGGAACGGGAGGAUCGGGAGCAGGAGCAGAAGCCUCCACCAGCCAGCCAACAGUCACUGCCACUGGCAACAUGGAGCCGGCGAUGGUGCCACGUACCGCCAAUUUGCUGGCAUGCAAACAAUGGUGGCGCGUCUGCUUUUUGUACGGCGACCAGCAGAAAUAUUAUCGACAGCUCUAUAGCAAGGCGGCGGCCCAGCGGCUGGCGGACGCUAAUCAGGAGUCCGACAAUGGCCAAGAUCGGAAUCGGGAUCGGGAUCGGGAUCGGGACUACGACACUGUGGCCUGCGAUCUUAUCGCCGGGCAAUUAGAGGCCGGCGAGGAAGCGGACGAUGGCAUCGAUCUGGGCGAUCCGAGGGGAGGAGCUGUGCCCACGGGUCGUCCGCUCUUCCCGCUCUCCUCCAACUCCUCCUCCUCCGCCUGCUCGCCGCGGCGCAGCAAGAAGCUCCUGCGAUCCCUGCGCGCCCACGUCCGCGGGGAGAGAUCAGGCAGGUCGGGUACAUCGGGAACCUCGGUCGGGAGUAGCGAGCCCAGCGAGGUAACCCAGCGGAACGCCAGGGUGACCGUCCUGGACGACCCCUUCCUCUUCGGCAUCGACGCCGACCAUCUGGGCGAUCUGGUGGUUCGCGGCAAGCGCUACAGUCCGCUGGACGCCGCCGAGAACAUGGCCCAGUUCUGCGGCGAGCAGGAGGCCACGGCCCAGGUCCUGGAGAUCAUCGAGCAGGAGGAGGAGACGCCCAGGCCCGCCCUGCCGCCCAAGCAGAAGCAACAGCGUCCAGUGCCGCCCCUGCCACCGCCACCGGCGAAUCGGAUAGCCUCGCAACCUGCAACACCACAAGUGCAGAACCUGCAACCCCUGACCGCCGGCGAUUUCCAGUUCCUGAAUUUGAGCCUGCGGCACAGGAGUUUACCGCGCAGCAUGAAGCCGUUUAAGGAUGCCCACGAUAUCAGUUUCACUUUCAAUGAGCUGGACACAAGCGCCGCAGCGGAAGUGGCCACAGGAGCCGCCCAGCAGGAGUCAAACGAGCCCAUCAGCCGGACUCCACUGACGCAGAUCUCGUAUCUGCAGAAGAUCCCCACGCUGCCGCGCCACUUCUCGCCCAGUGGGCAGGGCCUGGCCACGCCCCCCGCCCUCGGCCACAGCGGCCUGCCCAGCAGCUCCUCCGCCAGCGCCCUGUACGCCGCCCAGACCGCCGCCGGCCUCCUGCCCACCUCCCCGUUGCCCCUGCAGCGCCACCAGCAGUACUUGCCGCCGCACCACCAGCAGCUCCCGGGAUCGGGAUCGGUAUCGGGAUUGGGAAUGGGAGCAGCAGGAGGACCUUCCCAGUACUCACCCAAAUACUCGAAUGCCCCGCUCCCGCCACCGCCGCACCACCACCACCAGCUGUCGCCGGCCUUGUCCACCCCUUCGCCGCCCUCGCUGCUCCACCACCCCGCCGGCGGCACCUCCUCCGCCUCGGUCCACGCCCCCUUCCUGGGCGGACCGCACAUGGACCUGCAGCGGCAGUCGCACUCGGACGACGACAGUGGCUGCGCUCUGGAGGAGUACACCUGGGUGCCACCCGGACUGCGGCCCGAUCAGGUUCGCUUGUAUUUCUCGCAGAUACCCGACGACAAAGUGCCAUACGUCAACAGUCCGGGGGAGCAGUAUCGAGUGCGACAAUUGCUGCAUCAACUUCCGCCGCAUGAUAACGAGGUUCGUUACUGUCACUCACUGACGGAUGAGGAGCGCAAGGAGCUGCGGCUCUUCUCCACGCAGCGCAAGCGCGAUGCCCUGGGCCGCGGCAACGUGCGGCAGCUGAUGAGCGCCCGACCCUGCGACGGUUGCGACGACCUAAUCUCCACGGGCGACAUCGCCGUGUUCGCCACGCGACUGGGCCCCAAUGCCAGCUGGCAUCCGGCGUGCUUCGCCUGCUGCGUUUGCCGCGAGCUCCUCGUGGACCUCAUCUACUUCCACCGCGAUGGCCGCAUGUACUGCGGACGCCACCACGCCGAGACCCUUAAGCCGCGCUGCUCGGCCUGUGAUGAGAUCAUCCUGGCGGACGAGUGCACGGAGGCGGAGGGCAGGGCGUGGCACAUGAACCACUUCGCCUGCCACGAGUGCGACAAGCAGCUGGGCGGUCAGCGGUACAUCAUGCGCGAGGGCAAGCCCUACUGUCUGCAUUGCUUCGACGCGAUGUUCGCCGAGUACUGCGACUACUGCGGGGAGGCCAUCGGGGUGGACCAGGGCCAGAUGAGCCACGACGGGCAGCACUGGCACGCCACGGACGAGUGCUUCUCGUGCAACACGUGCCGCUGCUCGCUGCUGGGCCGCGCCUUCUUGCCGCGCCGCGGGGCCAUCUACUGCUCCAUCGCCUGCAGCAAGGGCGAGCCGCCCACGCCGUCGGACAGCUCCGGCACGGGCAUGUACCCCACGCCCACCCCGCCCACGCAGCGGUUACGGCCCCACCCGCCGGCGCCCCUGCCGGCGCGCAUUCCCAGCAGCCACGCCUCCAGCUCGCCGCCCAUGUCGCCGCAGCAGCAGCAGCAGCACCAGGCGACCUUCAACCAGGCGAUGUACCAGAUGCAGAGCCAGCAGCUGGAGGCGGUGGGCGGACUGGGCGGCGGACUAGAUGGCGGACUGGCGGAGCAGAGCAAGAGCUACGCCACCUCGGACUCGGACGCGGGCGUGGUCAAGGACCUGCAGCCCGGCGGCGAUCUGACCGACUUCUCGGGCGGUCGCGCCUCAAGCACCUCGCAGAACCUCUCACCGCUGAACUCGCCGGGCGACUUCCAGCCCCACUUCCUGCCACAGCCCAUGGAGCUGCAGCGCGACGGGGUCUACAACUUCAACGAGAUGGCCUCGAACCUGGACGCCGCCUGGCCGGCGAAGCCGUCGAACAGCUACCAGCUGCAGCGGCAGCUGCUGGAGCAUCCGCACGCCGCCAGCAUGCCGGAGCUGGUGGCGCCGCCCGCCCACCUGGCGCAGCACCUGUCGCAGCUGCAUGCCGUCUCCGCCUCGCAGCAAUUCCAGCAGCACGAGUACGCGGACAUCCUGCACACGCCGCCGCCGCCGCCGCUGCCGCCGCAGGGUGAGGUGCCCGAGCUGCCCACGCCCAACCUGAGCGUGGCCUCCACGGCCCUGCCGCCCGAGCUGCUGGGCUCGCCCACCCACUCGGCCCUGUCCGCCCAGUCGGCCGGCCACGCCCCCCACCCGGUGUCCAUCCUGAGCGGCGCCUCCUCCUCCUCGCCCAUGAGCGGGGAGCCGGGCACGGCCAAGAAGAAGGGGGUGCGCUUCGAGGGCAUUCCGGACACGCUGCCCCGAUCGCGCAGUUACUCUGGCAACGGGGCGGGCACGAGUGGCGGGGGCGGUGGAGAGCGGGAGCGGGAUCGGGACAAGGACAAGGACAGAGAGGGCGGCCAUGGUCGCCAUGGACAUGGCCACUCCUCCCGCAGGCGCAGGCGUCGCAAGUCCUCCUCCAUUGGCACACACCAUCGCAGUGGCAGCGGCCAUCGCUCGCACUCGACCACGCGGGCGGACACCUAUGCGCCGGCCCAGCCACUCUCCGCCUCCUACCAAGGUCCACCCUCGGCGCUGCAGGCUGCCAGCCUGGUCCACGAGUCGCCCAGCCGACAACAGAGGGAUAGGGAACGGGAACGGGAACGCGAACGGGAGGAGUCGGAGGAGUCGGACGUGUGCUCCACCUGCUCGUCGAGCUCCUCCAGCUCCGAGGACUACAUGAUGAUGUACCAGCUGCCGCAGAGGCGCCACUACGGCGGCGUGCGCGUGAGCUACGUGCCCAACGACGCACUGGCCUACGAUCGGAAGAGGAAGCCCAGCGAGAUGGGCGGCGACAAGGACAAGAACUGCAUCAUCUCGUGAUGCAGCCCGCUGGAGGGGCUCUCCAAUCAGAGUCCAGCUGCCAUUGCCGAUGCAGGGGUUAUUAAUGUGGCCCCACGGGCAACUGCAACUCGUGGCUAACGAAGUGGCCCAGAACGCUGGCGGGGAUCAUCAAUUCGGUGGCCACUGCCACCGCCACUGCCGCACCACAAAGCAAAGCAAAGUUCAACUUGACUCCAAGGCGCCUAGGAUGCUAGGAUGCACUCACAAACAUACAUAUGCAACUCCCGAGGAGGAGAGACCGUAGAAUAAGAGCCAACACUGUUCCAAAUACACAUCCCUAGUUAAGCUAAUGAAGAUUCAACCUACAUAUAUUUUUACAUUUACAAGACGCGCAGAGAAGAUAUUUGCAGAUUACCCUAUUUAUACAUUUAACUUAUAUUUAUUGCAUCACUAGGCCUACGAGAUAAGCUAAGUUUGUACCUAGACCACUAAGUAGAAGAGCAAAGGGUCCCCGAGACUCAGAUGCUGGCAAUUGGGCUAAUGAAACUAUACAAUAACUCUACUUUAAGGCGAUAAACUGUAAGACAUUCACGAGAAUAAAGAGUUCAAAGAAAGUGGAUCCUAA